AUGAGCUACAUCGUUCGCCGUGGUCUCUCGACCCUGAUCCCUCCCAAGAUCGCUUCCCCCAACGCCAUCGGCGCUGCCCAGGAUGCUGCCCGCAUGGAGCGCGUCGUGACCUUCUACGCCGGCCUGCCCCGUGGCCCUGCCCCCCAGGCUAAGGCCACUGGUCUCCUCGGCCGCUACCAAGCCCGCUACUUCAACAAGAACUCUGGCGCCCCUCUGCUCCACGCCAUCGCCGGUAUCCUGCUCAUGGGCUACAGCAUGGAGUACUACUUCCACCUGCGCCACCACAAGAACCACCCUCACUAA